AUGGCGGGCUCUCUUGCAAGCAAGCUCAUGGCCGCGGCCGCUCUAUGCGCCGCUGCUAUCGCUGCUCCCACCGGCGAGGAUCAGAUCGUCUUCAAGACCGAUGCGGACUUGACUCAAGUCCAUGAAGAGCUCUCCAACGCCCAGAUCAUCCCUACGGUCCUGGAAGACUUCCAGCCCAUCAUCGGCCUUUCGGCCGAGUGGUCCUCUUCCAACGUCGCUGAUCUUGGCAACACUUUGAAGCCGGCCAAGCUCCAAAGCGCACCCUCAGUCUCUCUCGUCAAGGGCUCGUCAAUGUCCAGCAGCGUCAUUGCUACCACCUAUGUCUUCACCCUGACUGACCCGGAUGCGCCCACCCGUGACAAUCCCAUUUGGUCCGAGUUCUGCCACUGGAUCGCGACGAGCAGCUCUCCUUCGAUCGCCGUAGGCGUCGAGCCCGCGCAUCUGGAUGAUGUCGUCGAGUACAAGCCACCCGGGCCACCACCGAAGACGGGCAAGCACCGUUACGUAUUCACCGCGUGGGUGCCGGCCAACGGAACUAAGGAGAAGUUGGAUUUGUCCAAGCCGGAGGAGCGAAAGCAUUGGGGAGGCGAGGAAGGACGUGGCGUGCAGAAGUGGGCCAAGGAAAAUGGCCUCGUCGCAGUUGGUGCAAACUUCAUUUACGCCCAGAACGAGAAGCAGUGA